AGAAUACUCUGUGAAAUUUUCGUGAAAAAAUAUAAAGAUUUGAGCCAGUGGCAGCAACUCUUGUCCGGCGCCUCGGAAAAAAAGCCUUUUGCGGUGGACAUCAGAGCUCAAGACUGGAUUAUUGAAAGAAUUCUUGGCGAUAAAACGCCAUGGCGAUAGAAAUUCCACGAUGUAUAGAAACCACGAUAUCAGCUCCACUGAUACAAUGGAGUUUCGAGGGCCUUCGAACAGCUUUAUCCAUCGGAUCAAUGGUUGGGUUUAUGGCAUUUUUAGAACUUCUGAUAAUGUUCAUGCGACCAGACAUCGUCGAUAGGGACAACAGAGUACGCGUUGUGUCUCCGGAAGACAUGCUUAGCACUUAUGACUUUGUGAUAAUUGGUGGCGGAUCUGCAGGCGGUGUACUUGCCAACAGAUUAACAGAGAAUGCAGACUGGAAUGUUUUGCUACUGGAAGCUGGCAACGACGAAGGGGUCAUAUCUGAGAUACCCGCGAUGUUCCUUAAUAUUCAACGUACUUACAUGGACUGGGCGUUCAAGACUGAACCUUCAACGAACUAUUGCAAAGGCAUGAUUAACAAUCAGUGCAGUUGGCCCAGAGGCAAGGCACUUGGUGGUAGCAGUGCUAUCAAUUAUAUGCUUUAUGUACGGGCAAACCGUAAGGAUUACGACAUAUGGCGAAACCUGGGCAAUCCAGGAUGGGGAUACGAUGAUAUUUUGCCAUAUUUUAUAAAAGCAGAGAACAUCUCGAUUUCCGAUCUUCGUGAAUCACCUUAUCACGGAACCAAGGGAUAUCUCACCGUGGAAACUUACAAAUACAAGCAUCCGAUUGGAAGUUAUUUCAUGAAGGCCAUUCAGGAAAUGGGUUACGACGAAGUGGAUUCCAACGGAGAGACGCAAACUGGAGCUGCCUAUCCACAAGGCACUCUUCAAAAUGGCCUCAGAUGCAGCGUGGCGAAAGCUUACCUUCGCUCCAUAUCUAAUCGAUUAAAUCUUCACAUCAGCACAAAUUCAAUGGUUCAUAAGAUUUUGAUAAAUGAAACGACGAAAAAAGCUUACGGCGUCGAGUUUGUUCGAGAGAACGUAAGGUACACCGUUCGUGCUAAGAAUGAGGUGAUACUAUCUGCGGGUAGUGUACAAUCACCUCAGCUACUUAUGCUCUCAGGAAUUGGUCCCAAAAAGGAUCUAGAGGAGAUUGGAAUCCGCGUUAUUCUCGAUAGCCCUGGAGUUGGGCAAAAUCUUCAGGACCAUGUCGCACUCGGCGGACUUACCUACUUGAUUGAUCCACCAUAUAAUCUGUCAACAUCGACAUUUUCAGCUGCAGAACAGUUUUUGAUCCAACGUGAAGGUCCACUGUACGAUGCUUCAUUGUCCGAAGUACUGGCAUUUAUAAAUACAAGGUAUGCAAACAGUUCCGAGGAUUAUCCAGAUAUCCAAUUGUACUUCGGAUCAACGGCUGAUAAUUUGAACAAAGCAGGUAUUGAGCACGGUUUCGGUGUGAGAACAGACUUCUACGACAGUUUGAAUGCAGAUAUCAUCGGUAAUGAUUCAUACGGUGUAAUACCAUUGUUAUUGCGCCCAAAGAGCAGAGGUUACAUCAAACUGAGAAAUAGUAAUAUUACAAGCCCUCCGAUUAUAGUUCCAAAUUACUUCGAUGACCCACAUGAUUUGGAUGUUUUGGCAGAAGGAGCCGUUGUUGUCUACAAUUUUAGCCAGACUCCGACUAUGAAGAAACUUAACGCAACAGCUAAUCACAAUUUGAUUUCCGACUGUGCGCACUUAAAUUUUCCAUCUCACGACUAUUGGCGCUGCUACUCACGAUUCUAUUCGCUGACGAUUUACCAUCCAACUUCAACUUGUAAAAUGGGCCCCGAUGACGAUGGAAUGGCCGUAGUUGAUCCCCGCCUGCGAGUCCGCGGGGUGGAAGGUCUUCGAGUAGUGGACGCUUCAAUAAUGCCAAACAUAGUAUCUGGCAAUACCAACGCUCCAGUAAUUAUGAUCGCAGAAAAGGCAGCGGAUCUCAUUAAGGAAGAUUGGUGUGUUUAUCCACGUGCACGGAACCAAUCUGCCGAUUCCGACGCAAAUUGCAACUCCACAAGUCGGCUGGAGCUGGAGGGAGAGGGCGGACAUAUAUUCGAUGUGUCAUUAAAUAGAAAAAAUAGGCCAUUGAACGUCGCACAAUCAUCUUAUAUCAAUGUGUAUACUCAUAUUUAA